CCGUACGAAACCAAUUCUCUUCUUCUUUCGAUUCGGAAAUAAAAACAAAGAAAAAAAAAGAUUUCUCCCAACAGAAGAAAGAACGAGGAGGCGGAAGGAAGGCGGAAGGAAGGAAGGAACGCCCAAAUCGAUCGGCAAGGCCGGCGACGAUGGCGGCAGUUCGGUGCGCGGCGAGGAGGCUCAGUGCGUCCCUGCUCCAACGAACGCAGGCGGCGGUCGCGGAGGAGGGACGCCGGCACCUGCCAAGCAGGUUCACUGGCUCCCGCCAGCUCUCCAGCGAGUGUGAGCGCGAGAUUCAGGAGAAGAGAGUGGAGCUGCGUAACUUGGUUUCUAAAGCGAUGCAGAAGAAAAUGGAGCUAGAGGAUGCAUUAGCAAAGGCGGGGAAGAGUUCUAAUGCUAUUGAUGAGCAUGAAAUGCAUGUGCUCGAGUAUCUUUCUCGACAGAAAAUCUUUCCAGAACCACAUGACACCCCCCUUGUUCCGGAGCUGUAAGAGGUUUGCUACGAGGGCUGGCAGUGUGCUGGAUAUAGUUGCCAAGACGACAGGCUCCGUCAUGCUUGCUGCUUGUUUGUUCAGCAUCAUCACUGACAAGGACGUAAAAGCCCAUACUGUUAACAAGGAAAUCCAGUAGGGAACCAAAGAUUGCCCCAGCUUGUUUUCAGUAAAAUUAUAGUAAUGAUGAUCUGCAGUUGGGCUAGGUAGCUUUUGCACUAUGCCAUGGUUGUGAUAUUGUCUGACAUAGUGUGUUAUUGACUUAUUGUUGUAUCUCUGU